AUGAAGCCACCAGCGCUCUCCCUCCUCGUCCUCUGCUCCUACUUAGUGCCCGUGACUGGGGGACCCGGGGCAGGAGAUGGGACCUGGGACAAGUUUGCUCGACUGCCAUACCCGGAGGACAGCCUCUUCCUCCACGACACUUUCCCCCAGGGCUUCAUGUGGUCUGUGGGGACCUCAGCCUACCAGGUGGAGGGUGGCUGCCAGCAGGAUGGCAAAGGCUGGUCGAUUUGGGACACCUUUGCCCGCAAGUACAUGGGCGCCAACGGGAGCGUGAGCAGCGACAGUUACAAUAACUUAGAGGGGGACUUGGCCGCCAUCCAGUCUCUGGGUGUGACCUACUACAGGUUCUCCAUCGCCUGGUCCAGGAUCUUUCCAGAUCGUUUGGUCUUGACCAAGUUCAACGAAGCCGGACUGCGAUACUACAUCAAUCUCAUCCAAAGGCUCCGGGAUAUAGGGGUUGAGCCCAUGGUGACCCUCUACCAUUGGGACCUGCCCCAGACCCUCCAGGACAUGUAUGGGGGUUGGUUCAAUGAAACCCUGGUGGAUCGCUUCAGUGAAUACGCAGAGUUCUGCUUCCAGAGGUUGGGAGACCGAGUCAAGUACUGGAUCACCAUAGACAACCCUUACGCCAUAGCCUGGCACGGGUACGGCACGGGCAAACUUGCCCCGGGGGUCAGAGGAGCCGAGGAUGUGCCCUACAGAGUGGCGCACAAUCUGAUCAAGGCACACUCCAAAGUUUGGCAUCUUUACAACGAUCGCUACCGCAAGACUCAACAAGGUCAUGUUUCAAUAGCUUUGGCUUCCCAUUGGGUAGGGCCUAAAAAUGAGGACUUAAAUGUUGGAAACAUCAAACUUUGCCAGUGCUCUAUCAACUCUGUGCUGGGUUGGUUUGCCAAACCCAUAUUUAUUGAUGGAGACUAUCCAGAAUGUAUGAAGGAUAACCUCAAAUCACUGCUGCCGCUAUUUGAUGAUGGAGAGAAAAUGGACAUAAAGGAAACAGCGGAUUUUUUUGCACUCUCUUUUGGGCCACUGAGCUUUCGACUUUUGGACCCGAAGUUGAUAUUCAAACAAUCUAAGAAAUACUUUCUAAGACAGCUCCUGUCUUGGAUCAAGAUGGAAUACAAUAACCCAAAAAUAUUCAUUGUGGAGAAUGGCUGGGAUGAUAACAGCAGCACCAAAACUGAGGACGUAUACAGCAUGUACUCAUUAAAGGUCUUUCUCAUGGAUGUGUUGAAAGCUAUAAAGUAUGAUGACGUUGAUGUGAUUGGGUACACUGCAUGGUCACUUGUGGAUGGCUUUGAGUGGGACGCUGGUUACAGUAUCCGACGAGGAUUGUUUUAUGUUGACAUGCUAAGCAAAGAGAAGGAGAGAAUCCCCAAAUCCUCUGCUCUAUUCUACCAGCAAGUGAUAGCAGAUCGAGGAUUCCCCCCAUCACCAGAAAACAGACCUAUUAGAGGAUUGUUUCCCUGCAACUUUUCUUGGGGCAUUUCUGAAGACGUCAUACAGGUAGAAACAACCCCUACAAGUCCACAGUUUGUUGAUCGCAAUGUUUACAAGUGGGACCUCAAUAGCACUGGAAAACUGGUAAAGAUCAAAGGAGUGAUUGGCAAGACUCGCAAACCUCAAUGUACUGACUAUUCCACUAUCAGGCAAGAAAUCCACCUGUUGAGGAAUACCCAUGUUACUCACUUUCAGUUCUCCUUGAACUGGUCACUGAUUCUUCUCAGUGCAAACUCGACCCAGGCCAGCAAAGCAAACCUGCGCUAUUACAAGUGCUACAUCAGUGAACUACUUCGGGUCAAUAUUACCCCUGUUGUUGUACUGUACCACCCUAUCCUUGAGGAUCUGGGGCUGCCCUCAGCGUUGGAGGACAGCGGAGGGUGGCUCAAUGCAGCGACUGUUCACGCCUUUGUGGAUUAUGCCAGGCUGUGUUUCAACCAGAUGGGAAGCAAAGUGAAAUUCUGGUUGACAAUGAGCGAGCCGAACGGCAUAAAGCACUUCGCAGAGUACAAAUCCAAUUUUACUAUUGCAGGCCACAACCUACUAAAAGCCCAUGCAUUGACCUGGCAUUUAUACAACACUGAAUAUCGAAAAAAACAGAAUGGUCAGGUCUCAGUCUCCCUCCAUGCUGAUUGGGUGGACCCAGCUGAUCCCUUUUCCAGGAGUGAUAUUGAAGCAGCUGCCAGGACUUUAGAGUUUGAUAUAACUUGGUUUGCUGAUCCUAUCUUUGGUAAUGGGGACUAUCCUUUCAUCAUGCGGGAUUGGCUAAGCCAACAGCAAAGAGCUAAUGGGCAUGAUGCCUAUUUGCCCUACUUUACCAAUGAAGAGAGAGAACUAGUCCGAGGGUCGGGUGAUUUUGUGGCACUGAAUCACUUCACAACUCACAUUGUCCAUCAGGAAACCCAGAGCAACCCAGAGCUCAAAGUGCAUCACCUGAAGGACACCACCUGGCUGGUGUCACCCGAUAGAAGAGCAGUGGUGCCGUGGGGAUUACGCAAACUCUUAAGGUGGAUAAAAUCCAAAUAUGGCAAUGUUCCAAUCUACAUCACGUCAAAUGGAAUCGAUGACAACUCACCCAUCAACGACAAGUUACGGGUUUACUACAUUCAGAACUAUAUCAAUGAAGCAUUAAAAGCUUUAAAACUCGACGGAGUGAAUCUGCACGGCUAUUUUGCCUGGGCCUUAAGAGACAUUGACGAACCAAACAACGGUUCUACAAUUCAAACCGGAAACCUAAAUCCUCAGUCGAAUAUUACAGGAGAAUUGUGGAUCAUGGUGGAUUUCCUGCAAAAGAAACAGUCAGCCGUAGAUGCUAUUUUGAUCUGUAUUCAUGUGCAGAAUGUAAUCCUUUAUAUUUCAGAAAACAUUUAUUGAUUUUCUUAAUAUCUAUUUUCAGCAUUUUUACUUUAAUGA